UCCCAGGACUCGGAGUUCUGGUUCGAAGACGGCUCCGUCACCUUGGUAGUGGAAGAAACAGGCUUCUUUGUCUUCAAAAGCGUCCUCGCACGGCAGUCUAAGUUCAUGAGCCGUCUUUUCGAAGGGCAAGCGGACGUACCCGACGAUGUCACAAUUUUCCAUGAUGGCACAGAGGGCAUGGUGAUCUGUUUCCGCUCCGACAUCGCCCAAGAAUGGCGCCAUGUCUUGCGGGGCUGCAUGUCCCAGCACAGAACGCUCCUACUUCCGGGAGACCCGCCCCCCCACCCUUCUGCGGAACAAGUGUUCGCCUAUGUUCGGCUCGGACGGAAGUACGAGUUCACAGGGCUCUACGAAAGCGCGAUGCGCUACCUGAGAAACUACUUCCCCACCAAUUUGACCCGAUGGCGACAGCUCUCGCGAUACGUCCCUCCACAGUUCACCAUGAUCGACGCCGUCGGCGUGGUCAACAUCGCUCGACUGGCUCCUGACCUCUCCAUCCUCCCCACCGCUCUCUUCGCCUGCUGCGUAAGCACCCGUCCGGAGAUCGUAGUAGGGGACGCCCAACUCGACCAGCGACACGGGCGUCUUUCGGAAGAAGACGUUGCGCUCUGCUGGAAGGCCAGGACGCGUCUGGUCGCGGUCACGAGCUCGUCACUGCUCGCCGUCGUCUCGCCGAUCCUCCUCAGCGACUGCGGAAGCAUCUCCUUCCAUGGAGACCUGUGCAAGGCUGCAGCGCCCCACUUCCUGCAGGCGGUCGAGACGCAGAUCGCGAAGGAUGAGAAGAACCCGCUCCAGAGCGUGGUUUCUAGGUUCGACGAAGGAUUGCUUCAAAAACUCUGCCCGCAGUGCCUUGCUGGUCUGAAGGAUCGCAGCCAGAAGAUCGCGCGGCAGAACUGGAACAAGUUGCCCUCUCUGCUCGGGUUGGAGAACUUGGACGUGGAGUGGGAGAAAGAGGAUGUCUGA